AUGUCCAACUACCCUAAGGAGCCCGAAUUCGAGCAGGCCAAGGACGAGAUCCUUUCCACCCUUGAGAACUCCAAGCUCUUCGAGAAGGAGCCCGAGCUCAAGAAGGUCCUCCCCAUCAUCUCCAUCCCUGAGCGCAUCAUUCAGUUCCGUGUCGUCUGGGAGGGUGACGAUGGCAAGGCCAACGUCAACACUGGUUACCGUGUCCAGUUCAACUCCACCCUCGGUCCUUACAAGGGUGGUCUCCGUUUCCACCCCUCCGUCAACCUUUCCAUCUUGAAGUUCUUGGGUUUCGAGCAGAUCUUCAAGAACGCCUUGACCGGUCUCCCCAUGGGUGGUGGUAAGGGUGGUUGCGACUUCGACCCCAAGGGCAAGUCCGACAACGAGAUCCGCCGCUUCUGCCAGGCCUUCAUGGCUGAGCUCCAGCGUCACAUCGGUCAGGACACUGACGUCCCUGCUGGUGACAUCGGUGUCGGUGGUCGCGAGAUUGGUUUCAUGUUCGGUGCCUACAAGCGCAUCAAGAACCAAUGGGAGGGUGUCCUUACCGGUAAGGGUCAGACCUGGGGUGGUUCCUUCAUCCGCCCUGAGGCCACUGGUUUCGGUCUCGUCUACUACGUUGCUCACAUGAUCGACUACGCCUCCGAGGGUAAGGAGUCCUUCAAGGGCAAGCGUGUCGCCGUUUCCGGUUCCGGUAACGUCGCCCAGUACGCCGCCCUCAAGGUCAUCGAGCUCGGUGGUACCGUUGUCUCCUUCUCCGACUCCAAGGGUGCCCUCGUCGCCACCGGUGAGACCGGCUUCUCCGCUGAGGACAUUGCCGCCAUCGCUGAUGUCAAGCUCGCCCGCAAGGACCUCACCGCCACCUUCGAGACCCGCUCCAACCUCAAGUCUGGCGCCUUCAAGUACGUUGAGGGUGCCCGCCCCUGGACUCUCGUCAAGUGCGACGUUGCCCUUCCUUCCGCUACCCAGAACGAGGUCUCUAAGGAGGAGGCUGAGGCUUUGGUCGACGGUGGCUGCAAGUUCGUCGCUGAGGGUUCCAACAUGGGUUGUACCGCCGAGGCCAUUGAGGUCUUCGAGGGUCUCCGUGCCAAGACCGAGGGUAAGCAGUGCGUCUGGUACGCCCCUGGUAAGGCUGCCAACGCUGGUGGUGUCGCCGUUUCCGGUCUCGAGAUGGCCCAGAACUCUUCCCGUGACAAGUGGUCCUCCGAGGAGGUCGACCGUCGUCUCGCUGAGAUCAUGAAGAACUGCUUCAACAACUGCUUGCAGACCGCUGAGGCUUACACUGACUUUGUUGGUCUUCCUUCCCUCCAGGCUGGUGCCAACAUUGCUGGUUUCGUCAAGGUUGCCAAGGCCAUGAAGGACUUGGGUGACUUCUACUAA